AUGUCUCGCGCAUCCACGACCAGCUAUGGUCAGGUGAUCGAGUACAUUCAAGACCGACUCUAUCUGGCAUCGUACACAAGCCCGCCCGAUGCCAACACGCCCUUUCCGUACCCCAAGCAAAGCCAGUCGCCUUCCAAGCGGUCAUCACGCGCGCAAGUAGGACCUACUGCCGCAGGGCCCAAGGCGCAUCCUCCUGUCUACUUCAGUAUCGACAAGACUCUCCUGUACAAUGCCUUCCAUGGUGACUUCGGCCCACUGCACAUUGGUCACCUCUACCGCUUCGCUGUUCAGCUGCAUGAAGUUUUGGGCGACCCAGCCAACGAGGACCGCGCUGUCGUCUUCUGGAGCAGCGCCGACUCUAGGAGUCGCGCAAACGCUGCCUGCAUUCUCGCAUGCUACAUGGUGCUCAUCCAGUCAUGGCCACCUCAUCUUGCUCUGGCGCCCAUUGCCCAGAUGGAUCCGCCCUGCAUGCCCUUCCGCGAUGCCGGUUACAGCCAGGCUGACUAUGUCCUGAACAUCCAGGACGUCAUCUACGGUGUAUGGAAGGCCAAGGAAGAAGGCCUUUGCGGUCUGAAAGACUUCAGUCUCGAGGAAUAUGAGAAGUUCGAGCGCGUAGACAUGGGUGACUUCAACUGGGUCACUCCCAACUUUCUGGCCUUCGCCUCACCACAACAACAACCUACACAUGAGAUCCCGACAUCAUCACCAACAUACGCGACGCUACCUUCCAACAUCGCCGAGAUCCAGCGAUCUGGACUCCCUGGUCCCUUCAAGAACGUACUCUCGCACUUUUGCGCGCGCAACGUCGGUCUCGUUGUACGAUUGAACUCGGAGCUGUACUCCUCGUCCUACUUCACCAAGCUCGGCAUCCAGCACUUGAACAUGAUCUUCGACGACGGCACAUGUCCGCCACUGUCACUCGUACGCAAGUUCGUCAACCUUGCACAUGAGAUGAUUACGGUGCAGAAGCGCGGUAUCGCAGUUCACUGCAAGGCUGGACUUGGACGAACUGGCUGCCUCAUCGGGGCUUACCUGAUCUACAAGCACGGCUUCACCGCCAACGAGAUUAUCGCAUACAUGCGCUUCAUGCGCCCGGGCAUGGUUGUCGGUCCCCAGCAGCACUGGCUCCAUCUCAACCAAGGUACUUUCCGAGAGUGGUGGUUCGAGGACACCAUCAAGGCCAAGUACGCGCAGAUGAUGCCAUCAACGCCUACCAAGUCACCGCAUAAGCAGCGCCUUGCUAGCAACGGGCAAACCUUCACACCGCCCAACGGAUCUUCCAAGCGCGCUGCGCUCGGUGAGAUCGAGUCGAACGAGCGAAGCAACUCGGGCCAUAUUGGAGUACUAGAGGACAACUUGCCUGCGCCGACACCGGGACAACCGCGAAAGACUAGCAAGCUCUACGGUAACGGCCGAUCACCACAGCGCAUCGACGAGAACGAGCCCUUCACCAAGUCGCAUACAGAGGUCAGAGCAGACAUCACACGCUUCGAUGGUGAGUCGGACGAGGAAUUCCAUCUCCGCCAGAUUGCGCGGCGUACUUCGUCACGCUCCCCUCAGCGUUCACCGACCCUCAAGGACAAGCAGCGCCGCGCUUUCAGCACCACGUCUGUCGUCCAAACAUCUGUAACACACACUUCUUUCGGCUUCGGUGAAGAGAGCGACCUCGAGAACACUGCACCGGCUGGCAUCCGGCCGAAGACACCAAAGGAGAAGAGCGGCAGUGGCAGCAUCAACAUGGGCAAGAUCCGAUCGAGCCCUUCGCGCAGGAGCACCGAUGGCAAGUCUGCUGUACGGAAGACCAGUGGUCGUGUCGGGAGCUUAGGCAAUGCCAUCUCCCGCCCAAAGUCAUGA